UGGGGAUCCAAAACUCAGGGUUGGUGGAUCCACUACCAAGGAGGACGUCCUCCAGAAACCCCACGCAUAACCUGGGUACCAAUGGAGGCACCAAUACGAAUCUUGGGAGUAUCCAUGACCACGGCAGGAAGACCACCUAUUAAUGACGAAUGGAUCAGCACCUCGGCGCAAUACAAACUAAAUAAUUGGAAAAAUAAACAGACGACACUCUUUGGUCGGGCCUUAGUUCUCAACAAUGUUGUCUUUGCAUCACUAUGGUAUAAGUCCUUGUUAUGGCCCCUAAGCAAAGCAGCCUUGAAGGCUCUAAAGCAAAAGGCUAUAACCUUCCUAUGGCGGGGCGAUGGGGACCAAGUUAAUGUCAUCAGCCAUGUGGCCUGGGACUCCAUUAUCCAACCAAAGGCGGGAGGAGGCCUAGGAAUUCUAGACCCGGCCACGCAGGCUCAAUGGCGGUCAACCGUCGACAAGAACGACUUUAGUGCCAGUCCAGACACCACUGCUGAUCACGCUGUGUCGGGGAAUUCAGGGACUUCUACUCCUGCUUACGGAGGGUAUUCAAAUGGGGGAGGCUACCUGGGGAAGAGGGUGUCCUUGUUGGAAGAGAUUGUUGGAAAGAUAAAGGUCAAGCAUGAUGCUGACGAGGCUAGGGAGUUGGCGACACGUGAGGAAGAAGCCAAGAAGAAGCGUGAGCGUGAGGAUGAAGAACGUAGGUUGCGUGAUAAGAAAGAAUGGGAGGAGUUCCAAGCGCAGAUCAACAAGGAAGUUUCGUCAAAACUCGAUCGGGUGUACGAAGCGGUUAACGGGAAGAAGGGUGCUGAGCAUGAUGAGGUUACCAAGUUGAAAGCCAGGAUUGAAGAACUGCAGAAUCGUGCGUGUGUGGCUAGUACGUCUACGCAGGUUGCUAAACCUUCUGAGUCCGACGAAGUGGUAAGGUUGAGACUUGAGCAGAUCGAGAUGCAGAAGACUACCGACAAGAGAUUUAAAGCCGUGGAGGAGGUUAUUCAGGCUCUGCAGAAGCAAUGCGAGGAUGUGGAAACAAACGCGGAAGUUUGGAAGGUUGAAGCGCUCCGACCAGUUAGGCAGAGAUUGACACCUGGCGUGUUGCCGAGUUCUGUGAGAGUUUACGAGAAGCUGAAGGGGGUUGUUGAGAGACAUCAGGCAGAGGUUGCUAUUCUACGGGAUAUGAGGAUGAAGGAAGUCAAUGCUAGGAAACAGAGCGAAUUAGAGGUCGAAAGAUUGAAGAAAGAAAUGGAUCGCAGGAAGUCGAGGAGUAAUCUCAAGACGAGGUUGAUGAGGCGGCUUGACCAUCUGCAUUGAAGGACAAGGCUGAGGCAACAGUGAUUACCUCUACAAUGAAAGACAGAGGGAACG